UUGUAGACAAAUGCUUAUGUCACUGUCAGAAGUGGAGUAUACAUCCCCCAGCAGACAAACACGCACGCUCAGAUACUCAAUGGUUCACCACGGUCUGUUCGACAGAAACUCACACAGAGGCACUGAGCAAACACUCUCCACUGCUUAAUCCACCAACCGGUCAGACCGAGCAGCGGUGCCUGGGAUUGUUGUCCUCAAGAUGGAAAACAAGGCUGACGUUAAGGCCAUCAUGGCUCGCUUCCAGGCGAGUGGAGCGAGCACGGAUGAGACUUCCUCCACACCAGCUGGACGUAGCAAACAACCCCUGCACCCCACCCUCUCCUCUGGCCCGGCCAUACAGAAGAAACCUGUCCUGGAGAGUCUCUCGGGCAGCGCCAUAAAUGUUCCUCCAAAACCAACUUUCCUGAAAAACACAGUGUCUGCUAAAAGUGACACUGAUGCACAUGAACCAAACAAAGCUAAGGCUCUGGCUAGCAGGUUUUCCAGCACCCAGGAUGACGCCAACAACAAACCUUUCACUGUUCAUAAGCAGCAGAUACCCUUGAAGUCACCUCUUUCACAAGCUCCAGAAACUAAAGGCCUUGGACCGAAGCCUCCUCUCAACAAACCCUCCCUCACUUCCACCCUGUCUGAAUCCAAACCUUCCUUUCCUAAACCCUCUCCUGCAUUCACCUCCAAGCCCAGCUGGGUAAAAGAAGACAGCGGUGGGGGUGCAGCAUUAAACGCCAGCGUCACACCACCCAAAAUACCGAAUUUGCAAAGAAAACCAAGCAGCAGCAUUGCAAAAUUACGGCAGCAUGCAGAAGAACCGGAAGGAGCAAACACAGACACUGCAAACAAACCUUCACCUCUUGCUAACUCUACUUCGAAACCCUCCUCCAACUUUCGGAAUGCUCAAAAUAUGUUCAACAAAGAGAACACGGAGCAGACAGAUAAUGUGGUGGCCAACAAACCGUCCCUUUCUGCUACUAAAUCCAUUCCUCCUCCCAAACCUCCAGCCAAUAAAAAGCCGAGUUUAAGGAAGCCACAUAAAGCCUUUCCUCCAACCAGCAGCACCGAUGGUGAUUCUACUUCAGAACCAAAGCGUAACCUCCUCCCCAACAGUUUGGCUUUGGGUCCUGCUCCUGCUAAACCCAACCGACCCCCCAAAGUCAACCUGCAGAACUUUAAAAGAGGUGCUGAGGCCUCCAGUGAUGGCCCUGGUUUUAAGAAACCCGUCUUCCCAACUCCUCCAACCUCUCAACCCAGUAACCACAACAAUCAUGUUCCUCAACCACCUCAGCCUGCAGUGCCCAGUUUGCCACCACGACAUCCUGGAACCAUGAACCAGCAAGAAGAUUUUUAUGAUGAUGUUGACGAUCGAAGCAGCGCUCCUCCACCUCCUCCACCACCAUCUGCAGGUCACCCCAGUCUGAGGCCGAAGGAGGAAAAUAAUGACGAUGAUGAUAAUGAUGGAGAGAUGUAUGAGGAUCUUGAUGAACGAUGGGAAGCGGCUGAUCAAAAACAAGAAAAGAAAAAAGAGAAAGAAGAGAAGGAGGAGAAGAAAAGACUGGAGGCUGAGAAGAAGGAGCAGAAGGAACGUGAGAAGAAAGAGCAAGAUGCUCGAAAGAAAUUCAAAUUGGUUGGACCCCUGGAGGUCAUUCACCAAGGAAAUGCUCGUGUGGACUGCAGAGGCGGCAAGACUGACCUCGCUCUGAAGCAGGGAGACUCUCUGGACAUCAUCCGUGUGCAGGGAAACCCAGAGGGGAAAUGGUUGGGACGAUCCCAGGACGGAUCAAUUGGUUAUGUGAAGACCACUUCAGUGGAAAUUGACUUCAACACGCUAAAGAAUCGUCAGGUUCAACAGUCGUAUGAUCCUGAGGUCUACGAUGACAUUGAUGUGAUCUCUGAAAACAGUGGCAUCAAAGGACCGGGAGUUGUCCUACCCCCACUACCAGGAGAAGGAGGAGAAAUAUAUGAUGAUGUUGUUGAUCCAAACCUGGAAGUCAGUUCCCCUGACCCCAGGUCCUCUCCUCCUACAAAGCCCCGUGGCUUCCUGCGGAUGUUUGACCGAAACAGACGUCUUGCCAGCACUAAAGUAGUGCCUCCACCCAGCCAGUUUACUGCAGAUGGGAACUCAGAUCAGUCUGGAGCAGCGAUUGAUGAAGAGAUAUAUGACGAUGUUGACUCUCAAAAUGUGCCUCCCCCUCCUCCCAUCAGCAGCCUUCCGGCCAUUAAAGGCAAAAGCAGGUCUGAAGAUAUGGACCCAAAGAAGCAGAAAAAGUUCGAGAAAGAGGAGAAGGAAUUCAGGAAAAAGUUCAAAUAUGAAGGGGAGGUACAGGUGCUGUACCAGGUGACCAUCAUUAACACCCUUACCAACAAGAAGUGGAGCGCAAAAGAGCUGCCAGUGAAAGCAGGCGAGACACUUGACGUCAUCGUGAAAGCCGUGGACAACAAACUGAUAUGCCGAAAUGAUGACGGCAAGUUUGGUUAUGUUUCGAUCUCCCACAUUGCUACGGACGAUGGCGAUAUCUAUGAUGACAUUGGAGAUGACUGCAUCUAUGACAACGAUUAAGAAACAUCCUGCACUCACUUGAUUGUUUUACACUGAUAUUGCUCAUUUUGUUGUUUUGUUAUUUAUUAUGAUUUUUGAUGGUAUACGCUAGGAGUUACAAUAAGUUAGCCUGUUAAUCAGACUGACUUGUCAUAGGAUUUGUAGUUGCGGGCUAGCUUUAAGUCCUCUGAACAAUGCAAUACUUAAUAAGUUGCUCCAAAAAAAAAAAAAAAUUAAAACCCAGCUUGACAAACUAUGUAAAGAGGUUAUAUUACUUGAAGGACCUUGAAGUGGGAAACAUCUGCUGGAAUAACAGUAUUUGAAUAUUUCUGUUUAUGUUUUCAUCAUUUAAAAACUCCAGAGCUCUGUAUUUAUAUGUAGACUUCCACGUUAUUAGAAUAGCUACAGUAUAUGCUAAGGUUAAGAAAACAUUUAUAUCCAUUUACCUCUUAACUGAAGUCAACAAUAAUGCUGCCUGUAAGACCGCCGAAUUUACGCGCCUCUAUGCAAGUUUGAACAUGUAGACUAAACAACUGUUUUAGGCAGAAAUGGCCGGAGACAUAUUGUACAUAUGAACCGAAAUACAUGAAAAGUUUUGCUUGAUUUUUCUCUACACGUCCAGCAUUGUCUGUUGUUAAAAUAAAAGCAUGUCUGCUACAAAGAGAAUAAAGGGAAGGCUUCUGUUCUCUGA